GAUACAACAGACUACGUUGCCUAUGUAGCAAAAGAUCCUGUUAAUCAGAGAGCAUGCCACAUACUGGAAUGUCCCAAUGGGAUGGCACAGGAGGUGAUAAACACCAUAGGGCAGGCUUUUGAGCUCCGGUUCAAACAGUACCUGAGGAACCCAUCUAGCCUCGUUACGUCUAAUGAAAGUGAGGCAGCAAAUGCUAAUGCGUCAGCUGGGAAUUCACAGGAGAAGGAGGAUCAUGAAUAUUACAAUGAAAUUCCAGCGAAAGAGCCUCCCACUGGUGGAGUGUUAGACAUGCGAAUGAAAAUGCAAACAGACCAAAGGGCUAACUGUCUUAUACAAUCCAAAAAACAGUAUUGCUUGACAGGCAGCCCGACAUUCAUCAAUAUAUAUGAAAAUUGUCCAGAAGAAAACAAAACCAUGGGUAACUGUGGUGAAAGAUCACAGAAGACAAAAAAAGAGGCAACACUAUUGAAGGCUGCCUACAAAACAGAUCUUUUUGAUGAUCCGUGUUACAUCAACACACAGACGCUGCAGUCUGCAGUCUGUACAGCCCGCGGUACAGCAACAACACAGAUCCAUGGGAGCCCGCUGCGUCAGGCCAAGUUACCAGAAGCUGUUCAGCAGAGUGCCACAAGCAACACAGCUGGUCUUUGUGUUCUGCCACAAAUAAAGCAACAGCUAAAGAAUGAAGACUGUUACCAUGGCAAAUUAAACAGGAAAGCAGCAGAGAGCCUCUUAGUCAAUGAUGGGGAUUUUCUGGUGCGAGAGAGCACAACGUCACCUGGUCAGUACGUCCUCAGUGGACUUCAGGGAGGGCAAGCAAAGCAUCUGCUCUUGGUGGAUCCUGAGGGCAAGGUGAGAACCAAAGACCAUAUAUUUGAUAGCGUGGGUCAUCUUAUUCAGUAUCACAUGGAAAAUAAUUUGCCAAUCAUCUCUUCUGGAAGUGAAGUGAGCUUGAAGCAGCCUGUAAGGAAAGAAAGUAAUGUGGGACACAUGCAAUAUCACAAAUAAUCCCUUGGAUCUCACAAAUCCCAAGACAAUUCAUGUCUGAAACCUGAAAACUCUGUACCGAGAACUUUCUAUUAUGAAGACAAUUCAAAAAAGUAUAGACUGCACUUUCUGCUGCUGUUCCAGAAGCUACCCUUUUGUGUGUAUAUGUAUGAAUAUAUGUAUAUGUGUAUAUCUAUGUAGAUCUAUAGAGAUCAACAAGCAUAGUUAUAUAGAUAUAUAUAAUCUUAACGAAAUUACACCUUCAGAGUGUGAGAUUCAUUUGUGAGAAGGUAUUUUAGACAUGCACAAAUGUCACUUUUGAGGUCAUACUGAAUCAGUAACUAUUUAAAAGCACAAUGAAACCUCUACAUGCAAAAGCUCACUUGAACUAACUGCUGGAACAUUAGUAUGUGCCUUUUAGCAUAGAAAUAUUGGAAACCAAUAUUAUUUAUACUGAAUUAGUUUUGGGUGGUUAAACAAACAUGUCUAAGCUUUUAACUAUUUGCCAAAACAAAUACAAUUUGAAUAUUACUAAAAAAUGUCAUCUGCUUUCAAUAGACACUAACAAUUUCAUUUUGCU